AUGAAGUCCCCUUUGUGGUGGUUUGUAGUUGCAUAUGCUUUCCGACAAAGAUAUUGGAAUGGAUGUGGUGUGGCGUUGUACACGUGUCUCUCACUGCCAUUCCUCUCCAAUCAAAAGGUCACAGAACAUAGUCCACUGACUGUCUCUCCUCUGUCUCAAGCUCGGAUGUUCAUUGAAUUGGAUGCGAAGUUGACCUCGCGUCAUAUCACUCUCCCAAAAGAGCCGAUAAAGACACCAACAACAAGGUCUCUAGGUGUUAACUCCAUUGUUACUGGAUUUGGAAACGAGUUCAAAGCUUUAGGCUCAAAUGAUGUGAAGGUGUGUUACGAAGGCAUCGAUGCAGAAAAAAGGCAACAAAGUCUCAGCCUGUAGAAUGGUCGCAUUCUGAGGAUGGUUUACUUAAUUUGGACGAUGAAGGGUGUGCAGAAAAGCAACAAUAUUGCAGUCGUUGCUUCAAAUAUUCUCAGAAAUUUCUCUUUUAUGCCAGAAAAUGAAGUCAUUAUGGGCCAAAAUAGCCAUUGUUUGGAAACAAUCUUUGAGUGCAA